UACACUGGAAAGUGUGCAGACUACUGCGCAUGCAACUACCCAUGUCACCUUGCGUUCGAAACGAAUUGUCGGUUGUGAGUAGUGCGCCAAGUGCAGACAGUACCGUUACCGUAGCUAGCUAGAUGAAGUGUAAACAUACAAAUCACUGUCUGUUCACUUGUCUGUUAAAGAGGACUGUGUAUUCAGAGGUGAGGAUGACAAGUUGAGACAACUUGCAAAGACAAUUAAAUGGACAUGGACGCAUUUUUGGAGACACUUCGGGACCAAGGCGGGAAUUCCAUUCUCUCGUCCUGUGAGCCGGAGCUUGAAGAACUCCUCCGCCAGAUUGACAUCAUGCUGAACCACAAGCGCAGCGAAUGGGAGGCAGAGGUGCGUGCCAUGGAAGGGCGUCUCCAUAGUGGAGAGGCAGAGCUCCAGACUGCCCGGGACCUUCUGGAAAGGAGGAACACUGAGCAGAUGCUUAGGAUCCGAGCGCUCAGCAAGCAGCUGGAAGAGAUGCAUACUGGGAGACAGGAACUCGUGACUAAGUAUGAGGAGCAGCUACAGCACGUGCGAGAUGAGCUGGCCAAACUGAAACGCAGCUACGAGAAGCUCCAGCGGAAGCAUCAGAAGGAAAAUCGGGAAGUGGCCAAGACUCGCGGCGAUGACAAAAACGAGGUGUCACGCCUGAAUGGGAAGAUCGAGGAUUUCCGCCAGCGCUCGUUGGACUGGGAACAGCAGCGGCUGCAGUACCAGAAGCAGGUGGCCUCCCUGGAGGCCCAGAGGAAGCACCUGGCGGAGCAGUUCACCCACAUGCAGUCAGCAGGUCCCAGUCGACUGCAGGAGCAAACUGCAGAGAUGCAGCGGGUGCGUAACCAGCUGCACCGGGCUCAGGACACGGUGCAAAUGCAGGAGCAGGAGCUGGAGAGACUACGCAAACUCAGAGACGAGCUGGGAGACUCUCUCCGUGAACGGCAGGUCAGACAAACGGUGCUGAGUGAGGAGAAGCAUGAGCUGAAGGCCACUCUGGGCACGCACGAGCAGCUCCUGUGCAGCUCCGGCAUGCAGCAGCAGCAGCUGCGCGCUGAGGUCACCAGACUCAGCCAGGCCCUGCAGGCCAAAGAGCAGGUCAUCCGGUCGUUGGAGGACUGUUUGAGUGUGGAAAAUUCGUCCUCAGGCAUGUCGUCCGUGCGUCAGGAGCUGGAGCGUGUCACUGCCAGGCUGCAAAGCUCCCAGGCCUGCCAGAGCCACCUGAAGGCUGAGCUGGCUCGCCUCAGGGAGAGCAUGGACAGUGAGCGCAGGCCCAGAAGAGAGUCCAGCAGAACAGCAGAGGAGUGGAAACAGCUAGAGGAGGGACUCCGUCGCACACAAGCAGAGGCCAAUAAGCUCCGGGAGGAGCUCAGUAUAGCUGAACAGACGCGCCGCGGUGAGGCAGAGGGCAUGAGGAAGGAGGUGUCCCAGCUGACCGGUGAGCUGCACCAGAGGGACAUCUCCAUAGCGACACUCAGUGGCUCCGCCUCCAGCAUUGAGAAGCAGCUGAGGGCCGAGGUGGAAAGGGCGGAGCGACGCGCUGCUGAACUCAAGCUGACCCAGGUGCAGUUGGAGACCCUGAAGCUGGAGAACCAGCACCUGAACGAGCUGCUGGAGAGAGUUGAGCCCCACUCCCCAAAGCAGAAGGGAGACUCAUCGCUGGCGUCUCUGCGGGACAGCUACGUGUCGUCCCUGAGCAGCCUGGAGAGGGAGAACCAGCAGCUGCGGCAGGAGCUGGCCGAGGUGCGCGCCCGCCUUGACGCCAGCAACCAGACCUGGCAGGACAAGUAUGAGCGAGCCCUCCUGCUCAGCCAGAACCGCAGUGCGCAGAGGAGUGAUGAGGAGACCCAGCGCAGGUACCAGGAAGAGCUGGUCGCCAUGGAGACACGUCUCCGAGAUAACUCCAUGCACUACGAGGAGGAGAUCCAGAGGCUUCACCAACAGGUGGAGUCUCUAUCAAAGACUCAAAACUCCCAGACCAUCAACGGACCCCCGCGGGAACGCCAAUCCCCCUCCCCCGCCCCUUCAACCGCCUCUUCCUCCUCCUCGGCCUCGUCAUCCUCGGUGCUGAAGGCCAGGCAAUUGGCUGCUGUGCUGAGUGGGGUGGCCAAUGGGGAGGAGGCGCACGGCUCCAGUGCUGCUGAGGAUUUCCUGCCCCUGGUGCGAAACGCUGACUCGCCCGUGGGCUUGGUGGCCAAUCGCUUCCUGGAGGAGGAGUCUCUGCGCUCGCGGGAGCUGCUGCAGCGCCUGGACUCUCACAUCCAGGGCAUGCGCGAGGGCACUGCCCAAACCCUCAACAAGUACCUGGGCACAGGCGCCGCGGGCAAGGGGAAGGGCUCUGACAACAGCCCAUAAACUCCCACACGCAUCCGCAGAGCAGCCGUACGGCAGUGCUAACCGCCCCUGUCCCAGCAGGUGGCACGCCUUCUGCUCUUGGCUGACAUGGUGCAAUCACUGGUGCUUGUGUUUGACGCGAUAAUUGCACAUAACUAAUGACCGUUUGAUAAACAGCGCUGUGUGAAAUUGAAUGAAGAUUUUUCUGGCAGCUGGUGUUUGUAGACAUGCUACUUCUCUCAGCAAGCCAUGCUAGGGUUAGUCUGAGGCAGAUAGGAAUGCUCAGGACAGGGUUGAGACGGGAAUGAAUGUAGUGAACCGGUAGGAACCUUUGGACUUCUCAUUACACUGGGGACAAUCAGUGGAUUACACAAAUGUGACCGCACGGAAAACACUCACACACACACACACACACAGACAAACGGCAUACUGUCACACAUGUAUUUCACAGUGAGAUGCACAACAGCUUCUCAAAGGAAACAGGCAUAACCUAAUGGCCACACUAGCAUGUGCAGACAGUCAAUCAACUAGCACACACAUAUUUUGGGAUUUUGUGUGUGUGUGUGUGUGUGUGUGUGUGUGUGUGUGUGUGUGUGUGUGUGUGUGUGUGUGUGUGUGUGUGCACGCACACACCACAGGUGUAUUUUCAGUUCUACUCACUCCGCCAAAAGUGUCCUUGCGUCAUUCAUCGCAUUCAUCGAGCACUUUUCAAAUUCUCACAUGUUCUGCUAUGUUUUUUUUUUAUAACCACCAAAAAACAACUGUUGUCCUCUGUGCCUUCUUGUAUUUAUAUAACACGUUUUGUUUGUUUGUGCUAUUUAAAAUAUGUGAACAUCAUAGUCAAAAAAAGCAACUGCUGUGUUUUUA